AUGUUUCCAUUUCACCGAUUCAAGAUACUGUUAUUCUUUAUCUGCAGUAUUUUCUUAUAUAUUGUGCGGUUAUAUGUGAAUCUGAAGUACUGUCAAAACAUUGUCCAUCUAAACAUUGAUGAAGAUGACUCAAGUUGUUCUUCAUUCAAAGAUGCUUUUGGAUCAUUCUCUUCAAAAUGUUUAACAAUGAAAAGGGAAGAUGAACAAGGUCUUGAAGAAUGGGAACUUUCAGAAAGUCCUCAACAGUUUUAUGUCAAAGAAAAAGAGAAGCCUUCUUAUGCAAUCCAACAUUCAGAUAUUGAAGCCAUGAAGGAAAAGUUUUCGAAGCUCUUACUCGGUGAAGAUGUUACAGGAGGAACUAAGGGCAUCGCUACCGCCUUGGCACUGUCUAAUGCCAUCACAAACUUAGCAGUUACUGUUUUUGGUGAGCUGUGGAAACUGGAACCUUUAUUGGAAGAAAGGAAGUGCAAAUGGCGAAGAGAAUUGGGUUGGUUACUGUCUCCUACUAACUAUAUGGUUGAGCUAGUUCCGGCUAAGCAAAACACUGCUAAUGGUCGGAUCUUUGAGAUCAUGACACCGAAAGCCCGUGCAGACAUUCACAUGAAUCUUCCAGCACUCCAGAAAUUGGACUCUAUGCUUAUCGAGGCCCUUGAUUCGAUGGUGAAAAUAGAGUUUUGGUAUGCAGAGGGAGGAAGCCGGACCGAAGGGAGAGACACGAGUGAACGGCAUAGUAACAGAUGGUGGCUUCCAUCGCCUCAGGUGCCAAAAACUGGCCUUUCUGAUACUGAAAGAAAGAGGUUGUUUCAUCAGGGAAGGAUGGUACGUCAAGUAUUCAAGGCUGCCAAAUCUAUCAAUGAAAAUGUGUUGCUUGAAAUGCCCGUGCCAGCAGUUAUUAAAGAUGCACUUUCAAAGUCAGGAAAGACAAACCUUGGACAAGAACUAGAACUGCACAAGGUUUUGACAACUGAAUCAAGUUGUGGAGAAGACAUUCUUAAAUCUCUGAAUUUGAAAUCCGAACAUAUGGCUCUCGAGACUAUUAAUAAACUGGAAGCUGUUAUAUUCUCAUUGAAAGAGAGAACUAUAGAACAAGUCACAGGAAAAUCACCCGUUAGAACUUCAUGGUCAUUUGUGAAGGGCCCUGUGUCUGAAAUUGAUAAAAUAGAGUUAUUAUUGGACCGUGCCGAAACACUAUUACAGUUGCUUAAAAUCAGAUACCCCAACCUUCCUCAAACAUUUCUAGAUGCUGCUAAAGUACAAUAUGGCAAGAGCAAGUUAUGAUGAGUGUGGUCCAUAUCCAUGAAGUUUAGAAGUAAUAAAUCCAUUCCCUUAGAAUGAUGGACCAGUCAACAUUUGGCAAGGCCGAAAAGAUAAGUUCAUUAUACAUCUCAUAGAAAGUUCCCUUGAUUUGUAAUCACAUGCUUCCUGUAGGUUGUCAUAUAUUUAUCUUGAAAAAUAAUCCAUGCAAGUCCACAGUUACAGCACUUAUGCUUUCAUAAGGUAUAUGAUAUGAUAUCAUGUAGUGUCUAUUGAAAACUAAAUUGUCUACAUACUGUCUUGUAUUUGUUGAUAUGUUAUAGCUAGUAUAAACUGACUGUAAAUCCCUGCAGUCAAGAAAUUGUAAUACGUUUUGAUGAAGUUGCAUACACAUUAAAUUAGGACAAAUUAAAUCUAUCAUGCAUCAAUAAUAUAGAUUCGGUACUAUGCAUAAGAAUUAAAUUAAAUAUAAAGAUAACCUAUUAACUUUUAUUAUAGACAUUAUUAAUGCUAAAGUACUCGUGUUAUUGAGGCACUUUAUUUGUUUUGUUUUGUGUUGGGGCAAUUUGAUCCAUGUGUUGAACAAGUUGCAAUCUGAAUUGAUGUCUUUGAUGGUAAGAACUAAGAACCUUAAAUCUACUAUCAUAUCUACUAUCACAUGCCCUUCACUCUCUCUACUCAUUUUCUUUACAUUAUUGGUGUUGGAGUGUCCGUGUCGGAGUCUGCGCUUCAUAGGCCGGCUCUCAACUUCCCAAAAUCUUUACAUGCUUUUAAGUUUUUCUUCAAAUUUGGUUUAUUAUUUUAUGAUGCACAUAAUUUUUUUUUCAAUUUUGUAUCUGAGGAGUAAAGGGAAAAUAUAGUUACAAUUUAUCACACAACUGAAACAAGAAAUUGAAAUAUUUGACAUUUUUAAUUACACAGUUCUAACAACCUAGUUUCUAUUUCAGUAUCCAGACAAUCCUACAAGACAACAGAAGAAGGAUGUAAAAGAACUGCUGCAUACCUUAUGGAAAACCAUGCUGAUAUUGGUCAGGCCUUUUGGUCAUCUGUUCCGAAGAACAAUGAAGCUCAUCUUGCUUUGGGGACUACCCUGUUUCAUAGCGGAAUGUGCAUACAAGAUAUGAUCAGCUUUGAAGAUGUAUUGAAGGAGUUUACUUCUAAGAAAUGCGGUAAACUUGGGAAAUUGCUUAAGGAAAGUGGUAAUUAUGGGGUUCAGAUGAAAAACAAAGAUUCUAGAGCACCGAAGCUAACCGUCAAGCAUGGCGUAAAAUUAUAUAUGAAGAAAGUGUUAUGACUUAGUUAAAAUAUAAUUUUUAUGUGUAUGAUUUUAUAAUACUUGAAAUAUUAUGACUGUCCAUGAUU